AUGCCCCAGCUUGACUUGAUGCGUCUGUACGACCAAGACCAGUGUGUUUUACACGCUUUCUUUGUUGAUCUUUCGACAGCGGGUGCCUUCGUAAAAGACUACGCGUUGAACGAGAACAAGAGUGUGUACCGGAAGUACGCGUACGGAAAUAUGAAGACUUGGGAGCUUGGUACAUCUCAAAGCUGA